AUGCGGUCCGCCUUUCAAGCUUUAGCUUGCCAACGGGAGGUGUUGAGACACUUGUUUCGAAGAACUCAAAGCUCCUUUGCUGCUUCAUCGACAUUCUCUUUUACCAGGCAAAGUGCAGAGUGCAAAGCUGCGAAUGCCGCCAGGUUGCGUGAUGUCAGAUGGCAUAGUUCCAAGGUGGCCCCGCUUCGGGAGAUGACUGGCGGAGAGGUGAUUUUCAACAUGUUGGUGGAACACGGCGUGGACACAGUUUUUGGCUAUAGCGGAGGUGCCGUUUUGCCACUGAUUGAUGCCUUCCACGGCAAGAACAUUCAAUGGAUAACAUCAGCACACGAGCAGUGCUCUGGCCAUUCAGCGGCUGCCUACGCAAAGUCGACAGGAAAGUUCGGUGUUGCCAUUGUGACCAGUGGCCCUGGAUUGACCAACCUCGUGACCCCCAUGCAGGACGCGCUGACGGACGGCGUUCCCAUGGUCAUUUUUUCUGGUCAAGUGCCAACUGGCGCAAUGGGCACGGAUGCGUUCCAGGAGUGUCCUGCAACUGAGAUUACGCGCUCUUGCACGAAGUGGAAUUACGUUUGCCUGGACUUCAAUCAGCUUCCUUGGGCAGUGAACGAGGCGUUUCGUAUCGCAUCCUCUGGCCGCCCGGGACCUUGCCACAUCGACUUGCCGAAGGACAUCGUGUCAAUGAAGGCACAAGUUCCCGAAGCAAUUUUCAAAAAAGCCUCGACGUUAACGGCGGAUGCGCCCCCGAUGUUGGACAUGGGAGCUGUGCAGAAGGCAGCCGAUCUCAUAAACAAGGCUAAGCGUCCAAUUCUUUAUGUAGGCCAAGGUGCGAGCCACUGCCCAGAAAUCUUGGCCCAGAUGGCAAAGAAGGCCAAUAUACCAGUGACCACAACGUGCCAUGGCAUGGGCAUCUUCGACGAGCGCGAGCCUCUGUCCUUGCACAUGCUUGGCAUGCAUGGGGCAGCGUAUGCCAAUUUUGCCAUACAGAACGCUGACUGCAUCAUCGCCGUAGGCAGCAGGUUUGAUGAUCGUACCACGGGCAUUGUGGCCAAGUACGCGCCAAAGGCCAAGGCUGCCGAGAAGGACGGCACUGGCGGCAUCAUCCACAUCAACAUUGACAAGUCUUCCUUCGGCAAGGUUGUUCAGCCCACAGUGGCAGUGUGGGCAGACACCGAGCACGCUCUGCAGGCUCUUGAGCCCCUGGUCUCUGCCGGAGACCGCGCAGACUGGCUCAAGCAAUGCCAGGAUUGGAAAGACCAACACGCAUUCGACUACGUCAGAGCUCCUGCUGGGAAGAUCAAAGUCCAGCAGGUUCUAGAAGCGGUGAACAACUAUCUUCAUGGAGCAGACGUUUUCAGCAAGAAGAACGUGUUUGUGGCCACUGGUGUCGGUAACCACCAGAUGAUGGCCUGUCAGUUUCUCCGCUGGAUAAGGCCACGGACUUUCAUCACCAGCGGCAGCUUGGGUGUGAUGGGGGCAGGACUGCCUUUUGCCAUUGGCACGCAGGUGGCAAACCCAGAUGCCUUAACCAUCUUAAUUGAUGGGGACGGCUCCUUCGGCAUGACCAACAUGGAUCUCCAGACUGUGAAGAGGUACAACUUGCCCGUCAAAAUCGCGGUGAUGAAUGACGACAGGCAGCAAAUGGUUUGGGUCUGGCAGCGGCUGUUCUUUGACGGCCGUUACAUCAGUGUGACCAACACGAACCCCGACUUUGUCGCCCUUGCCAAGGCCUAUGGAAUACACGCUGUCCAUUGCGACAAUGAAGCAGACCUGCCGAAGGUUGUUGAAGAAUGGCUGACACAUGAUGGUCCGAUGCUGGUCGACUUCAAGGUGGUUCCUGACAUUUGCUUGCCCAUGGUGGCGCCUGGCAAGGCUCUCGACGAAAUGAUACUGUUACCAGAUCGAGACGCUGUUCUGGGGACCGAUGAGGAGUUGGGGAGCAUGAAGUUCGAAGGCUUAGCGCCAUCUUGA